CCUGGCCAAUUCCCAGGAUCAUUUGGGGGGACCGCAGACUUUUCUGUGUCUUUAGAAUUACUCUGUUUCUCUCUCUAAAAAGGAUCUAGGGUUUUCAACUGUGGGAAUACACUUGUUUCUCAAACUACCUGUCAUUGAAGUUGCAUUGCUCUCUUGUGUUUUCCUUGGUGGGUGAUCUUAACUUCAGGAAUGGCGAAAUUCAUUUCUCACCUAUAGUUCUCAGGUCAGAUCUGACGGUUUAAGCCUGAGGUGCUGUUUUGUCUCAUGUCACAUGGACAUAGCUGCGGUUUUGUUGUAGUUUACGCCUGGUGUAUUUGUGAUUUUGAACUUGGAUAUAGUCUCUUUCUGCUCAGCAAAUAAAAAGAAAAGGAGAGGAGAGGAAAAUGUAUGAAAUUUGCUGUUAAUACGACAGAAGGGGCAAAUUGCUCUUCUAGUAAGAUGGCAACUGAAAGCCCCAUUAGAAUAAUCGAAACAAGUGGAAAGUGGUUGCCCCAUAAGGAGGCUGCAAUGUUUGGAAGAUCCUCAUCCAACAUGGACACGGAGGAGUUGGGUUCAAAGGGCGAAAGAUUUCUAGGCAAUGGGAGGGAUGUUGUACCUAAUCGAAGUGAAAGUGCACCCCCAAGUGUCGAAGGUUCAUUUGCGGCUAUUGAAAACCUUAUGUCCCUGAGGGACUCUAGCUUGAACCCUAGAUUUGGCAGCUUUGUGUCCGAACAAUUUCGUGCUGAUCCAGCUUAUUUGCCAUAUCACUGUUCCAAUGUCACUUUGAACCCUAGACUCCCUCCACCUCCUACCUCAUUGGAGAAUCGGCGUUUGGUUCAUCAUAUUGGUAAUUGGAAUUUGACAUCUGUUGAUGACUCAGACAAUGGAUCCUUGCCCCUGUCUCAGAGUAACCUUCCUACUCAUGAGGAAGAGUUUGAUGAUCGUAGGUCGACUCAACAGGCUUAUGAUGACUGUGCGGAUAGGAGUAGUGGGUUUUGUACUGGACAUGAUGCAGCUUUGUCAGGCAAACGUAAAAGUUCAGUUGAUUGGUUACAGAAAGACGAUACCCAUACUUCACCACCUGUAUAUAAUCAGCCUGGUUCAUUUAGCCAUGGAUUAGUAGAGGAAGCAGUUUAUUGUGAUUCUGAUACCAGUUCCUUGCAUAACCACUCUGUUGGCAAAGCAAAUACCAUUAAAUUUACUCCCAGUGCAGAUAAUAUGGGGUUAUCAUCGAAUGUUAAUUAUCCAACUGCCCCUGUUUCAAGCUCACCAUCUCUUGACAAUACUGAGGAUACGCCAGUUAUGCCACCCCUUUACAUAAGACAUUCAAACACUAUAGAUGUUCAUUUGGAGGAUGAGGUCUCAAUUAGUGGUGUUUCUGAUUCAGAUGUCACUCGUAUUGAAUCUGAAAUGAAGGCUAUUAAUGUAUCUGGCCUGCCAAAUCCAGAGUGUCACAAACAUCAAAAGGACCAGAGACAUGACCGUCAAAAUAAUGUGCUGCAACAGCCGGCACGCCAACAACAAAGCCAUACAUUUGAAGUUCAAGGUGGCAUGUCUAAUAUAUUUUCUCAAGGAGCGAACCCCACAUACAUUGGCACAAAUCAGUUAAUUCACGGUCCAUCAAACUUUUCAUCAGCAGAGGCACAGCCAAUACUCCAGUCUUCUGGAUUAUCACCUUCCCUCUAUGCCGCUGCAGCAUCCUAUAUGACUUCAUUGAAUCCAAUUUACCCUAAUCUGCAGCCAUCGGGAUACUUUUCUCCACAAUACAAUGUGGGUGGAUAUGUUCUAAAUACCACAGCUCUUCCACCAUUUGUAGCUGGAUACGGUCCUCACAGUGCUAAUAUUCCUGUGCCUUUUGAUGGUGCUGCCGGUCUGGGAUUUAGUGCUCGAACUUUUGGGAUUUCUUCCAGGGGAAGUGCUGCAGAUGGAGUUGAUGUACAAGAUUUAAACAAGUUCUAUGGACAACUAGGAUUCGCCAUGCAACCUUCUUUCACUGAUCCUCUUCAUUUACAAUACUUUCAACAACCUUUCAGGGAUGCCUAUGGUGUUUCUAGUCAGUUUGAUCCCUUGGUAUCCAGAGAUAUGGUUAUGGGGAACCAGGUUAGUAAUUUUGACUUGCAGAGAGGGGCGGACCUUACUGCUUGCUCCGUCGAUCAGAAACUGCAACAUCAGGGAAGUGGAGGCCCAAGUAAUCUGAAUCCAAGACGAGGUGGAAUUAUAAGUCCUUAUUACUUUGGGAGCCCUAAAAGUACUGGUCCUUUUAUGCAAUACCCUAUAUCGCCUGUUGCUAGUCCAGUUUUGCCAGGAUCCCCAGUAGGUGGGACCAAUUUUCCUGGAGGAAGAAAUGAAGUGAGGUUUCCCCCAGUUUCUGGUAGAAACGCAGGCAUAUAUUCUGGAUGGCAAGGUCAAGGAGGAUUUGAGAUUUUUGAUGAUACCAGAACUCAUUCUUUUCUUGAAGAGUUGAGAUCCGGUAAAGGCCGAAAAUUUGAGCUAAUUGAUAUUGCAGGACAUAUUAUUGAAUUCAGUGCUGAUCAACACGGGAGUCGAUUCAUUCAACAGAAGUUGGAAAACUGUAGCGUUGAGGAGAAGGCAUCUGUUUUUAAGGAAGUUCUCCCACAUGCUUCAAAACUAAUGACUGAUGUUUUUGGUAACUAUGUUAUUCAAAAGUUUUUUGAGUAUGGGAGCCCUGAGCAGAGGAAGGAGCUUGCGAAUAAACUUGAAGGUCAGAUUUUGCCGUUAAGUUUGCAGAUGUAUGGCUGUCGUGUAAUCCAAAAGGCACUUGAGGUGAUUGAGCCGGAGCAGAAAACAAAGCUUGUCCGGGAGCUGGAUGGACAUGUUACAAGAUGCGUACGUGAUCAAAAUGGAAACCAUGUAAUACAGAAGUGCAUUGAGAGCAUUCCAACAGAUAAAAUUGGAUUUAUAAUUUCUGCUUUUCGUGGUCACGUUGCUACACUUUCAACACAUCCUUACGGUUGCCGUGUCAUACAGAGAGUACUAGAGCAUUGUGCGGACCAGUUACAAAGUCAGUUUAUAGUGGAUGAGAUAUUGGAGUCUGUCUGUGAUCUUGCCCAGGACCAGUAUGGCAAUUACGUCACACAGCAUGUGUUGGAGAGGGGAAAGCUUAAUGAAAGAAGCAAAAUCAUUAACAAGUUGUCAGGGCAUAUCGUACAAAUGAGCCAACAUAAAUUUGCAUCAAAUGUUGUUGAGAAAUGUUUGGAGUAUGGUGAUUCUACUUCAAAGGAAAUUUUGAUUGGGGAGAUUAUUGGGCAAAAUGAUGCAAAUGAUUGUUUGUUGGCAAUGAUGAAGGACCAAUAUGCAAAUUAUGUGAUCCAGAAGAUUCUCAAAACAUGUACUGAUAAUCAGCGGGAAAUGUUGCUUAGUCGUAUAAGUCUUCAUCUUAAUGCUUUGAAGAAAUACACUUACGGAAAACAUAUUGCUGCUCGGUUUGAACAGCUAUAUGGAGAAGAAAUCCAAACACCUGGAUCAUAAUGCCAGUACCGAGGUGUCCUGCCAGCACAGCUAUAGUUUGUGAAGGCAUUUCAUUGAAGAAUCAUAUGGUGCAAUGCAGGCACUUACAAGCCUGUUUUCAAGGCAGCUCUGACAAAUUUGUCUACUUUGGAGCUUCUGCCAUGAGGAGCUUCUAUCAUGGUAAUUCGGUUGAUAUUGUAAAUUCAGUAAAUAUGAAUAGGAUAGGAUUAAGUUAAACCGCAUAAUAAUUUUCUUUGAAGUUUGUUUUUUGUCAAUCCAACUGUAUACUUUAAUCAUGUUUGUCAUGCAUGUCAAAUAUCAAGUUAAUCGGACGGUUCGAUCCAUGAACUGAUAUUUACCUUCAUAAUAUAUUAGAAUAAAAUUCUAAUUUAAAAGUGUAUAUUGACCAGCCAUCUGUAGUUCUCCGAUUAAUUUGAUUUUUGGCAUUGUGUGAUAAAUAUGAGAGGGGACUUCCAAUCCAACAAUUGGGUUGUCAACAGAUGAAUCUUACAUAAAGUUAUGAUUGGUGUAAGUUAUGAUUGGUGUAAAUGGGUUCUCUCUGUAUGUACGAUAUACUUCUAGACAAUCUACAUGUAACUUUUUAUGUAUAAAAGCACUGUUUUUUUUUAGAGAA